GGAUUCAUCCCAUAUUAAGCGACAGAUCAACUAAAGGAAAGUUCGUGCUUCUACACAACAAACUGAAGGUAAAUCCAGACAAGUUAUUUGAAUACUACAGGAUGUCGGUUAACUCAUUUGAAAUGCUUCUGAAUAUGAUUGGAGAGACAACUUCUAAAAGGAACACGAAAAUGAGGGAAUGUAUCAGUGCAGAAGAAAAACUCGCAGUAACCUUAAGGCAUCUGGGGACUGGAAAUUCGAUGCGUUCUCUGCAUUUUGAGUUUCUUCUCGUUCGAUCCACAAUUGCUGAUAUUAUUAGAGAUACUUGCACUUCCAAAUGGGAGAUGCUGAAAGUGGAGUAUAUGAAACCCCCGACUACAGAAGAGUGGAAGAAUAUCAGCGACAAGUAUGAGAAGACAGCAGACUUUCCUCAUUGUGUGGGAUCCAUAGAUGGAAAACACGUUAGAAUCGUUAAACCAUGGACAUCAGGCAGCGAAUUUUAUAACUACAAAAAGUAUUUUUCUAUUGUAUUGAUGGCCAUAGUAGACAGCAAAUAUUGUUUCAGAUUCAUAGAUGUAGCGGCAUUUGGUCAAGGAGACUCCAAUAUGUUCAAAGCAACUGAAUUGGGUAAAACACUUUACCAACAAGCCUUGAAUUUGUCAGAAGCUGCGCCACUUCCGAAUGAUCCCUGUGGACUGAAAAUUCCUUGUGUGUUUGUGGUUGAUGAGGCUUUUGCGAUGAGUGAACAUUUAAUGAGACCAUAUCCCGCAAAAAACCUUACGAAUAAACAAAAAGUGUUUAACUACAGACUGUCACGAGCACGACGUUAUGUGGAAUGUGCAUUUGGCAUUUUAUCCAAUAAAUGGAGAUAUUUCCAUCGUCCAGUCGAUGUUAACGUGGAUGUCGCGGAUACUAUUGUUCAAGCAUGUUGUGUACUUCACAAUUUUGUGAGACAACAUGAUGGUUACAAUUUUGAAGACACACUGAUUUGCAGAAUGGAAAGUAUUCCGGCACAUGGGACAAAAGGAACGGUCAGUGGCAAAAGUAUCAAAGAUCAUUUGGCUGAUUACUUCUGUUCCCCUCAAGGAUCUGUACCAUUGCAAGAUCAUUAUGCAAACUUCUUCGGAUGAAGACUAAUUUUUGUAUUGGCUUGUUAACAUUUUAUUCAUGUAUAAAUUUCAUUGUACACUGUUUAUAGCAAUUAAUAAAAUAUUCACUGUCUGUAAUUACCUGGAUCUGAUUUUUGCUUGUUAUCCAUUCCAUCCCAUUUUUCUCCCAGAACGGCCGCUGUAACUGCUCGCCACGAUUCUCUUUUUCUUUCUCUAAUUUUGUAUUCCGGAUCCCUUGUAUUGUACAGCCAUGGAUG